AUGGAAGCAUCCAAGGAUCUUGCAUCGGUAACGGGCACUCCGGACGGUGCCGCAUUCCCGUCUGUGGAGAAAGUUCGGAAUGAGCUCAAAGCACAAUCCGGCGUUGUCGGGAAGAAGCUAAUGGUUGCAAACCGCGGCGAGAUUGCGGUCCGUAUCAUGCGUACCGCGCAUGAACUUGGUAUGCAUACGGUUGCGAUUUACAGUUUCGAGGAUAGGAACUGUGCGCACCGUGCAAAGGCCGACCAGGCCAUCGAAGUCGGCAAAGGUCUCUCGCCUGUAGCAGCAUACCUCGCGAUUGAGGACAUUGUGCGCAUCGCGGUAGAGAACGGUGUGGACAUGAUCCACCCCGGCUACGGAUUUCUCUCCGAAAAUCCCGAGUUUGCGCGCCAGGUGGAAGGAGCUGGGAUUGCGUUCAUUGGUCCCCGCCCCGAGACAAUUGACGGCCUUGGCGACAAGACCAAGGCGCGCGAUCUUGCGCGCGCGGCCAAUGUUCCCAUUGUCCCCGGCACGCCCGGCCCCAUUGCGAGUUACGAGAUGGCCGAGCCGUUCAUUAAAGAGGUGGGCCUGCCCGUCAUUAUCAAGGCCGCCAUGGGCGGCGGUGGCCGUGGCAUGCGUGUUGUCCGCAACAUGGACGAGUUCCGCGAGUCCUUUGAGCGCGCCGUGUCCGAAGCGCGCUCUGCGUUUGGCGACCCGACCGUUUUUAUUGAGCGUUUCCUCGACAGGCCGCGUCACAUUGAGGUGCAGCUGCUUGCAGAUGCGCAGGACAACUGCAUCCACCUCUACGAGCGCGACUGCUCUGUCCAGCGCCGGCACCAAAAAGUAGUCGAGAUUGCGCCCGCGCACAACUUGGAUCCUGCCGUCCGCGACGCGAUACUUCACGACGCCGUGCGCCUUGCCAAGACAGCAAACUACCGCAACGCGGGCACGGCCGAGUUCCUUGUCGACCAGCUCAACCGUCAUUACUUUAUCGAGAUCAACCCCCGUUUGCAGGUCGAGCAUACCAUCACGGAGGAGGUCACUGGCCUAGAUAUCGUCGCUUCGCAGAUCAUGAUUGCUGGCGGCUCGACGCUCGCAGACCUUGGGCUCGGGCAAGACGACAUCCGUACGCGCGGCACGGCCAUCCAGUGCCGUAUCACCACCGAGGACCCCGAGUCUGGCUUCCAGCCCGACACGGGCAGGAUUUCCGUCUACCGCGCAUCGGGCGGCAACGGUGUGCGUCUCGAUGCUGGUUCGGGCUUUGCAGGCGCGCAGAUCACGCCGCACUUUGACUCCUUGCUCGUCAAGGUGACCUGCCGUGGCUUGAACUACGAGCUGGCGCGUCGCAAGAUGAUUCGCGCCUUGAUCGAGUUCCGUAUCCGCGGCGUCAAGACCAACAUCCCAUAUCUCAUCAGCCUCCUCACGCACCCCUACUUUAUCGAAGGGAAGACGUGGACGACGAUGAUUGACGACACACCCGAAUUAUUCAACAUGAUCCGCACGAGGAACCGCGCGCAGAAGCUGCUCGACUAUUUGGGCGACCUCUUGGUCAAUGGCAGCCAGAUCAAAGGUCAGGUUGGCGAGCCCGGCUUGAAGAACGAGAUUCCAAUCCCUCUUUUGCACGAUGCAAAAGGCAACCAGAUUGACACGAGUGUGCCCAACACCAAAGGAUGGCGCAACAUUAUCCUCAACGAAGGCCCUGAUGCGUUUGCCAAGGCGGUGCGUGCCUACGAUGGCACACUCAUCAUGGACACGACGUGGCGCGACGCGCACCAAAGUCUGUUUGCCACGCGCCUGCGCACGAUCGACAUGGUGAACAUUGCCAAGGAGACCAGCUACGCGCUCGAGAAUGCAUUUAGUCUCGAGUGCUGGGGCGGUGCAACGUUUGAUGUCUCGAUGCGCUUUCUCUUUGAGGACCCGUGGGAGCGUCUGCGUACGCUGCGUAAGCUGGUGCCCAACAUUCCUUUCCAGGCGCUCAUCCGUGGCGCAAACGCGGUUGGCUACACCUCCUAUCCCGACAAUGCGAUCUACGAGUUUAGCAAGCGCGCCGUGGAGAAUGGCCUCGACAUUUUCCGUGUGUUUGACUCGCUGAACAACUUUGCUUCACUGGAGCUCGGCAUGGACGCUGCCAAGGUUGCCGGUGGUGUCGUCGAAGGCACUGUCUGCUACACGGGCGAUGUGGCGAACCCCAAACAGCAUCCCAAGUACACGCUCGACUACUAUAUGGACCUUGUCGACAAGCUCAUCGGCACAGGCAACUUGCACAUCCUCGGCAUCAAGGACAUGGCCGGCCUGCUCAAGCCUGCGUCGGCGCGCCUUUUGAUCGGCUCGAUCCGCGCCAAGUACCCCGACCUGCCCAUCCAUGUCCACUCGCACGACACCGCUGGCAUUGCGGUUGCAAGCAUGCUUGCAUGUGCCGAGGCGGGUGCGGAUGUGGUGGACUGUGCGAUUGAUGCCAUGUCUGGACUUACGUCGCAGCCUUCCAUGGGCGCGAUUGUCAGCUCCUUGGAGCAGACCCAGCUCGGCACUGGCAUUUCCCACCAGAGCAUCCAGAACUUGAACCUCUACUGGUCCCAGGUACGCACCCUGUACCAAAACUUUGAGGCCAACGUCAAGGCAUCCGACUCGUCUGUCUUUGACCACGAGAUGCCCGGCGGCCAGUACACCAACCUCAUGUUCCAGUCGCAGCAGCUGGGUCUUGGCUCGCUGUGGAACGAGAUCAAGAAGGCAUACAUGGAAGCCAACAUGCUCUGUGGCGACAUUGUCAAAGUUACGCCUUCGUCCAAGGUUGUCGGCGACUUGGCACAGUUUAUGGUCGCGAACAAGCUCAGUGCCAAGGAUGUACAGGAGCGUGCUUCCGAGCUCGACUUUCCCAUGUCUGUUGUCGAGUUUUUCCAGGGCUUUCUCGGCACGCCCCCUGGUGGAUUCCCCGAGCCCCUCCGCACCAACAUUAUCCGCGACAAGGAGCGUGUGCAGGAACGUCGCGGCGCUACGCUCCCCCCCAUGGACUUUGAGAAGAUUUGCAAGGAUCUCGCCGACAAGUUCCACCGCCCCAUGACGAUGGAGGAUGCGGUCAGUUGGGCCAUGUAUCCUGCUGUGUUUGAAGACUUUCAACAGUUUAUCUCGACGUAUGGCGACUUGAGCAAGGUGUCCACGCGCGACUUUGUCGGCAAGCCCGAGGUCGGCAAGGAGAUCUUUGCACCCCUCGAGGACGGCAAAGUUGCCAUCGUCAAGCUCCUCUCUGUUGCGCCCCUUGAUGAGGCCGCCGGCACGCGGGAAGUCUACUUUGAGGUCAACUCGGAGCCGCGCUGUGUCACGGUGCAGGAUAAGCAUGCUAGCGUUGAGAUCGUCGCCCGCGAAAAAGCAAGCAGCGAGCCGGGCAGCGUCGGCUCGCCGCUUGCUGGUGUUGUGGUCGACGUGCGCGUCCAAAGCAACGACCAGGUCAAGAAAGGCGAUGCGCUUUUUGUGAUGAGUGCGAUGAAGAUGGAGACAGUGGUGUCGUCGCCCAUUGACGGCACCAUCAAGCGCCUCAGUGUUGACGCGGGCGAUUCCGUGGCGCAGGGCGACCUACUGUGCGAGAUUGCGUAG